CUCAAACCACAAACAUGUUAAUAGAAUCCAUAUCCGUAACCCAGUCACAAAUGUGCAACACGAAUCUACAAAUGUAAACGUGUAACAUAAUUUUUGAGGGGGAAAAAACGGAGACCGUGAUUCGAGAAUCUCACCCACAACAAGUAACUGCUGGGCAGAUUUGCUGAGUAGAUUUAGUUAUGAUGCCAGCUAUUAAUUUCAAUUAUCAAGGCAGCUGGAGAACAGAAUAGAACGAAAGCAAUUUGUUCUGUACAGUAUUAUACUGAUAGAAAAACCUAGAAUAUAAAAGGUUAGAUUUUUAGCUGUACAUGAAAAGAAACUGGAACUUAUAUAUUGGGUAACCCAGCCUUUCACAACGAUAAAUUGAGUUCAUGCGCAAUCUUGCAGGUCAAACCUUUUUUUUCAACGGAGACGCUACGGUCACGUGACCAAGUGGCGCAAAUCCUCUUGGUUCAUUCAGCAUCUUUGGUUCAAGGCAAAUACGAAUGACGUUGACAUUCCUGCUAGGUGUGAUUUAAACAUCCAUCCAGACGAAAAUGACUUUGAAUUGCCCCUGAGGAUCGUGUUUUUAUUUUGUUGCCGAAAGAAACAAAUGGACAUCAACAAAAUAAUUAUGUACAUUUUAGCAAGAUGUCGCGCGUGAAUUUAUAUAUGUUGAUGGUGUUGGUGAUGAGCCACAUGACACUGGCUGCAACUAAGAACGUUUCUAUCGACCACUGCUAUGGGGCGCGAUUUCGCAAUGCGUUACUGGAAAAAUUCAACUUUGGUGGAGUGUUCAUUGUACUCUACGGGCACUUUUUCUGCUUCGCGCUUGUGUUGUGUGUGUUCUGCAUUCGUGUAAUGACCGGAGGCUGGGGAAAUGUCCCUCAAGAAGAUCCCGCGCUGUCUAACGUGGAUGACACGAUUGAUGAUGACAGUGACUCAUCCUCAUCUUCCAGUUCACCUACCCCUCAACCACACAUGGGUUUUAAAGAUGCACGAUUAAUGUCCUGGGUUAAUGACAUGGUCCACAUCAGUGAAAACGAGAUAAGGAGGAAGUGUGAGGAGGAUGUGAUUAAUUAUUUGUCCUUCCAGCGUCACAUCAUUGGCCUGUUAAUAAUUGUGACUAUGUUGUCUAUGGGUGUCAUCUUUCCCUUGAAUUAUGCUGGCAAACGUUUUGAAAAGGACACUCAUUUUGGAAAAUACACGAUUGCAAAUAUGAAUAGUGAAACAGGUUUGUGGGUGCACAACCUCUUUGCUGUCCUCUAUCUCAUCCUGACGGUGUACAGCAUGAGAAAGCACACGCACAAGAUGCACGACAGACAGGACGACAUGGCGAAUUGUACGUUGUUGGUGAUUGGAAUCCCCACAGAUGCAGAAGCAGUGGAGAUAAAGCAUCACUUUGAGGAGGCAUAUGAAUACUGUACUGUGGAGGAUGUACGGAUCUGUUACGACUUCUCCAAGCUGUUGGAACUGUUUCAUAAACGGAAGAGGGCAGAAUGCCAAAAAAACUUCUACCUCGAUCAACAGGCUCGGGGCAACACCACCAUGAUGACCGCAAACUUUUGUCAAUAUUUACGGUGUUUCAAACAUUACAAACAGCAAGAGGCGGUCGAGUAUUACACCAUGCUGGAAGAAUCGUUAUUGAAGAUCUUCAUGGAAGAGAGGGAGAAAGUACAGAAGAAACAUUUAAAAAUGAUCUUUGUCACUUUUCAGAAUGAGGCCGUGGCUGAAAGAAUUUUGAGGGACUUCAACGUUUGCAUUUGUCAUGGCUGUCACGUUGAGCGAGAGCCCAGGUGUUCUUCCAAGAGCGCCAAGCUGAGGACAGACAAUUGGACGGUCAGCUAUGCCCCUGAUCCACACAAUGUCCACUGGGACCAUCUGGCAGUGGGCGGAAUCUCAUGGUGGCUCCGCUUUUUUGCCAUCAACUUUUUGCUCGUCAUCCUCCUCUUCUUCUUUACCACUCCAUCCAUCAUUAUGGCCACUUUGGAUGACUUCAAUUUUACCAAAGCAGUGGAGGACCUAAACAAUCCACUCAUCACACAGUUUUUACCCACCUUCCUACUGUGGUUGUUCUCCACCUUGCUUCCUACCGUUGUCUAUUAUUCAUCUCUUUUUGAAUCCCACUGGACCCGGUCAACAGAAAAUCAAGUUACAAUGCACAAGUGCUAUAUUUUCCAAACUUUAAUGUUCCUGGUUCUGCCCUCCCUCGGUAUUGGCAAUAUGGAGUAUUUUUUCGAAUGGCUUUUUGGUUCUACGUUCUUGUCCAAUGGGACACAGCGAUUUGAGUGCGUGUUCCUUCCCGACACAGGCUCCUUCUUUGUUAAAUGUGUCAUUGCAUCUGCGCUCACUGGUAAUGCCAUGGAACUGCUGAGGAUCCCAGCUUUGGUGGUGUAUGGCGUUCGCAUUUGCAUGGCUUGUUCGGAGGCCAGGCGGAGGAACAUCAGGAUGUUACCGGCCACGGAGUUUCCAUGUGGAGCGUCUUACGCCUGGAUGAUGUGUAUCUUCACCAUGAUUAUGACCUAUAGCAUCACCUGCCCAGUCAUAGUCCCUUUUGGCCUGGUAUACAUGAUAAUAAAACAACAAGUGGACCGGUAUAACAUUUACUACAUUUAUCGGCCAACAAAGCUGGACAUGAGUAUCCACUCUGGAGCUGUCAAUCAAGCUAUGGUUGGGCCCAUUCUGGGAAUGUUGUGGCAGUUUUUCUUCUUUAUGAAGCGUUCUGGUCUUUUUGCUUCUUCCACCAUAUUCACAGGGACCAUGCUGCUCAUCACGUUCAUAAUCUUUAUCGCACGUGCCUGCUUUGGACGUUUGAAAAAGUUCACUCCUCACAACUAUCAGGUUGACAUCCAUCAUGAACAUGUAAGGGCCGAAAACCCAGAAGGUGAAGAUCAGAGCACAAACCUAUAUUCCCUCUUUCAGUUGAAAUAGAUUUCUCUACGGUGCCACGCGGGCGCCGGUUGAAUUGUACGGAUUAAAAUGUAUGUCGUCAUGUUUAUUGUCAAAAUGGGGUGAAGCACCUGAAGAGAUGAUUGAGCACUGAGGAAAAUGGAUUUGAAUUUGGAAAGUCGACCGAAUGCAAUGCGUCCAUUUUCCAAACCUUAUAUUCUCAAUAGGGUUGCGAAUAAGCGGAAGCUUAUCCCGGCUGACUUUGAGGCGAGAGGCAGGGAACACCCUGAACUGUCUGCCAGUCAAUAAAACAUGCAGCAUUAGAAAUAUAUGUAUUAUAAUAAUAUAAUAUCUAUUAGUGUUAUCAAGAUAAGGACUACUUAGUCAACUGCUCUUAACCGAGCCCAGAAAGCUGGCUUUCGGACUCACCAAUACUCUUUCUUGCAUUUGUUUUGCAUUAAGAAUUGAAUAUAAAUAAACAAUUGUCUGUAAUGGCAUUGAUUGGUAUGGUGUUUGAAAUGAUACAAAUAAAUUUGUCUAAUCAUUUUGUGAUGUACCCAAGUGUAUUGCUAGA